AUGACGGACCCACUCUUCAGCGCCUGGUGGUGGAUCCCUAUGCCAGCUCUCGCCAGCCGCCGUCCAGGCUGGCUCGGCCGCCACGGCACGGUCCAUCAUCACAUCAACAAAGUCACCAGAGCCACCGUCAGCGCGCUGCUUGCGCUGGGGGUGUCUGUCGGCCCAGCCACGGUACGCGCUGAGCGUGCGGACAUACUGGGCAUAGUCGCCGAGUCGCAUAGUCUUGAACAACAGAGGCCGGACCCCGAGCGUCGACAGGUUGUUUCCGGGGCCGUUUGA